AUGUUAAUAAGUAAGUCCUUACACAACUUGACUAAGGAUAGAGAUUAGAGGGAUUCACAUUAAAAUCUACAAAAAAGGUACAUCAGGAAAAUAUUUGAUUGUAGAACAAAUUAAGAGUUGAUGGGUGGAUAAACCAAUCCUUAAAAUUGUUAAUUGAAACCUUCUUUUUAUCAAGUGUUCCCACAUCAACCAAAUGACUUAUAAAGUAACGAUGAAAUGAAGGUGCCCACUCUUACAAAUGUUGCUUCCUAUAAAAACAAUGAUUAACAGAUCAAUAAGGAGUAAUCAAAGAAGGUUAUGUCUGUUCAAGAGGAUAAUUCAUUGUUAUCUCCUUCUGUAAAUGUAAUGAUGAAUUCUCAUUUGUUAUCAGAGACGAAGAAACAAAGUUAUGAUAAUGGAAGGUUGAGAGUAAUUUUAACUCAAGUUAAAUAACGAUUGUUGAAUUCCAUUCAUUUUUCAAAAUACAAUGAUCCUCUUGUAACUCAUGAAUUUAAGGAAGGUACAACAAAUAGAAUAAUUAACUUAGUUUCUCCAUUUUACUAUUAUUAUUUUACAUUGUUCAUGUUUUUGACAACAUUUAUCUCCAACUUCUUUACAAUUAUUCUCAUACCCUUGCAUAAGGUGUUUCAUCUUUAGGAAUCGGUUUCUCAGAUAUUCUAUUAUUUCAAGAUUUUUGCAAUUUUAUUAGACUUAUAUUUUUAAAGAGGCCCUUACAAAUUAUUUAGAGGAAAAAUUACUUAAAAUUAUAAGAAUUAAAAUAAAGUGUUUUUGGAUUUAUUUAGGCUAAUUAUAUUAUUAAUUAAUUAUAAUUUAAAUUUGGAGAGUCGACUUUUAACUAUUUUAUUGAUAGUGAUCUUGAUCCUGGUGGAUAUGAUAAGAAUAGCAGAGCCAUUUGAGAAUUUAUACAUAUCAACCCAAUACAUAGUGAUGAUAAUAUAAUUGUGGGCCUCUAUAAUAGUUAGUUUGACAUGCACAUUGAAGAAGUAUUUGACCAUGAAGAUGAUCAAUCCUUGUCCUUAUAUAUAAGUUACUCAAUUUCCUUCUUAACCCAUAAUGGAUACAUUUGUAAAUAUGCAAUGUCAUUUAGCAUUAACUUUGAAUGAGGAUAAUCGCAUUGUAGUUUCAGUGUUUUCGUUGAUAUGCUACUUUUGUUAUGUUUAUACAUUAGUUCUAUUAUGGAUUUGGAUGAAACCCAACAUCGAGAUCCAGGAAGAGAAGCAAAAAUUACUUAAGGGAUUCAUUAAACAUUUCCAGGAGAAGUGCAAGGAUUAGGAUUUGCUGAGAAGAUGUUACUCUUACUUAGAUUAUAGGAUUGAUGAAGAUUUAGGUAGAGCCAAAGAGUAAUUAAUGAAAAAGCUGAGUCCAUCUUUGUAGGAUGAGAUUGAUCUGGCCUUAAGAACCAAGAUGUUAGAGAGGAUAGAAUUAAUGCACAAGUUUUCUCCUCAGUUCAAAUAACAAUUAUUGUACAUGAUUGAGCAGGUGACAUUCAAUCCUGAAGACAAUGUUUUAAUUGAACAUUAGGCUGAGGAUUUGAGUUUGUAUUAUAUUUUGAAAGGAGAAGUGAAGGUGUAAUUCCAAGGUUCUUCUUUGGCAAACAAUAAAAGUUCUGUCACAAAACUUGUAGAGGGCUAGACUUUUGGGUAGCAUUCCUUUAUAUCUGGAAUACCUUCUAAUAUUAGUAUUUUUAGUUGUGGGGUUACUACUCUAAUGAAAUUGAAGAGGUCUGAUUUUAUAGAAAUAUUAUCGCAUUAUCCGAAAGAUAAUGAGAGAUUCAGUAUGAUGAGAGAUAAUUCCCUUUAUAAUCAAUCUUUAUUCGAUUGUUAUUACUGCAAAAUUCAAGGCGAUUACAUUGUAGAAUGCAGACAUUUACAGUAUUUCCCUCAAAGACAAAAUGUACUUGAGAGAUAUUUAUACAGUCGCAAAUAACAUCGUAAACCAAUGGUAAGAAAACAAAAAAGAUAUUUAACUUUAAGAAAUCUGAAUCGCAAUUAGGAGAGAUUGAGAUCUAUAAUAAACCAUAAAUAAAGCCAAGAGGCUAUUUCUGAAGAGUUCCCAGAUAUUUCCUAGCUUCCAUAUUCUGAGAAUUAAAUAAACUCAGCUAGUCAAAUGAGUAAUUCAAAUCCCUUCCUAAAGGCCAGUUAAGACAACUACGUAUCAGGUAGUAAUUUUAAUGGGGAUAAUAUUGAACAAUAACAAUAGAAUAAUGAGGAAGAAGAGGCAGAUGAGGUGGGGAUAACAAUCCCUAAAAUUUAAGCGAGAAGAAAGAUGGAUGACUCCCAUAAGAACAUUCAUAGAACUGCUGGGUUUAUGGGUAAUCUUGGGAAUGGCUCUGUGUUAGAUAAAGAUGAAAAAGAGAUCCUCCUUCAGUUACAAGAUACAUCAAAUAAGGAUGCCAAACAAUUUGUGCUUAAUUAAGCAAAUCGGAACUCUCCGAACAUGCUAACCUUUCAAUAUUAGAAAGAUACAAGUCCUUAGAUUCAAACAGAUUAUUUAUUUUUAGAAUUAAAUUAAUAAUAGCAAAAUCAGGACCAUAAUUAAAAAGGUACAUUGGGGUAAUUGUCCAAUAGAUCCAGAACUUGCACGAAUUCAUUUUCAAGAGAUAUUUCAAAUAAUCAGUCUUCAAAUUCUAGAUAAAAUAGGUCUCUCAAACAAUCAAGGGACAAGGUUAGGAAAACGAAUAGUAUCAAUACACUUUCUGAUGACAACAAAUUAAGAUAAAAAAGUGGAACGAAACAAAGCAAUCUAGGUCAGCAAUCUGCAUUUUAGGCUUUGGCAACUCCUGAGAAUCAAGAGUUGAUUUUGAAUGAUGUGAUAUUUAAUUAGUUCGAAUGUAUGAUGAAAUACAAGAUCUAUUAUCCUCACAAUAAUUUCAAUUGUGUUAUUCAAAGAUACAAGAAUUAAUUUGAGAUGAGUAAUUUCAAAAUUAAAAAAUUUAAUUAUUGUGGGUACUCUUUAAAAUGCUUUGUCGCGUCUAAAAUCAAAAGAAUACAAAAAUUAAUUAGACGUUAGUGA